AUGACUCCAGCUCUGCUCCUCGGUCCUGUUUAUCCUCCUCGCUCUGUUUCCUGCAUCAGGAGCAGUUUUAACAUAAAAGAUGGAGAUCCACCGGGAAUCUGCAGACCUCCUCCUCCUCCUCCUCCUCCUCCUCCUCCUCUCUGGAUGAAGAGCGGAGGAGAUUUUUGGAUUUGCGGUUGAAUUUUUCAUGUUGUUGUCUCCCCUGACGUUGAGUCGGUUUCUGCAGAAACAAAGAAAGAGCUGCAGGUGAACCAUCAUCGGACUGUAAAUCAGCAGACGAGAGAAAAACACCGAGGAGACGAGAGGAGGAGAGGAGGAGAGGAGGAGAGGAGGAGAGGAGGGGAGGAGGGGAGGAGGAGAGGAGGAGAGGAGGGGAGGAGGAGAGGAGGAGAGGAGGGGAGGAGGAGAGGAGGAGGAGAGGAGGAGAGGAGGGGAGGAGGAGAGGAGGAGGAGAGGAGGAGAGGAGGGGAGGAGGAGAGGAGGAGGAGGAGGGGAGGAGGAGAGGAGGAGAGGAGGGGAGGAGGAGAGGAGGAGAGGAGGAGAGGAGGGGAGGAGGGGAGGGGGAGAGGAGCAGAGGAGGAGAGGAGGAGAGGAGGAGAGGAGGGGAGGAGGAGAGGAGGAGAGGAGAGGAGGAGAGGAGGAGAGGAGGGGAGGAGGGGAGGAGGAGAGGAGGAGAGGAGGAGAGGAGGAGAGGAGGAGAGGAGAGGAGGAGAGGAGGAGAGGAGGAGAGGAGGGGAGGAGGGGAGGGGGAGAGGAGCAGAGGAGGAGCAGCUCCACGCUCAGCUGAGGGUCACGACCACGUUCAUCCACCUGAGGGUCAUCGCCGUCACAUGAUCAGGUUUUUAGGAGAGGUUCAAACAUUUACCAUCAGCCCGAGUAAAACCUGGCCCGGCUGCUCAACUGGUGGUCCCUGGGCCAAACUCGACCCACCAGCAACAUCUGGGUGGUCCCAGACCUGA